AUGACCCUGCCUGUCAUUGCAACUACGUAUCUGGAUAAAACCAACCAAUGGGAAGCUGUGGGCUUUCAGAAACGGGCUGAGGCCCUUCAGCACAUAAAAACUGGUUACAGGAACGAGCUAGCAUACCUAAAAGGUGAUGGCUCUUUUGCUAUAUGGGCUAAAGAUAGAAGCAGCACCUGGUUAACAGCUUAUGUUGUCAAAGUGUUUUCCAUGGCCAACAACCUGGUGGGAAUAAAAAAGGAACAUAUUUGUGAUGCUGUGAAGUUCCUGAUCCUCAAAGCUCAGCAGCCCGAUGGCAUGUUCACAGAAGUUGGAAGAAUGUACCAUGGAGAGAUGAUUGGUGAUGUUCGCGGCUCUGACUCUGAUGCCUCCAUGACAGCAUUCUGCCUCAUUGCCAUGCAGGAGUCACGCACACUCUGCGAAGCCACUGUCAAUGGCCUACCAGGCAGCAUUAACAAUGCAGCUGCUUACCUGGAGAAACGACUGCCCAGCCUUACAAAUCCUUACGCUGUUGCCAUGACAUCAUAUGCUCUGGCUAAUGAGGGAAAACUAAACCGCGACAUUCUCUACAAGUUUGCUUCUCCAGAUUUGUCCCACUGGCCUGUUCCUGGAAAUCACCUUUUUACCCUUGAAGCCACAGCUUAUGCUCUACUGGCUUUGGUCAAGACCAAGGUGAGCUCAUCCAUCGGGAUGCAAUGAAAGACCCACUCCAAUGAAAAUAAUAUUUUAUGUUUCUUAAUUCAAAUUGCAUUGAAUCAGAAAAUCAGAUACAAGAUAAAGCUCAAACUAUUGUCGCACUAACUGAAAUGGGCGUGGCAAAUUUGUCUUCUCCACUCUGCUCCCAUGCGAGCACUUUUACCC